AUGGUUCCACUGAAAAUGUCGAAUAAUGGAUCAUGUCUUGCAUGUUGUUGUUGUCUACCAUGUUCUUUAUUUUUAAUUGCGGUUACUCUCGGAAUCCCAUCGUUUUUAAUGUUUCUGGGAAUCACAAGAAUCGAUAGCUGUCCAGUUGAACCAUACAUUCCGAUUUGGAUGAUUUGUGUGGCUAGUCUCCUUUUCAUUCAAAUUAUAUUUGAAUCAGUGAGACCAAUUCGAGAUCAAUCGAUGAGAAGUGUUGAUUGUUCGAUUGAUUGUUGUUCACUUCUCAGUCUGUUGCUAUAUUUCAGUCGACUUGCAUUGCUAGCAGCAACAAUUAUCGGAUGUUUUCUAAUUUUUCCCAUGAUUCCAAUGAAAAAUCAAUGUGAUUCUCUUCUUUAUUGGACGUCAUUCUCAUAUUGUGUUCUUGCUUUAAUUUCUUAUAUGAUAGCAUCAAUGUUCUGGAUAUGUUGUUGCUGUUGUGUGGUGAUCGGUGGAUAUCGAACAGUUUCCACGGAAACUGAAGUUAGAUACACAUAA